GCAACGUUCAACCAGUAGGAUUUCUCAGACACCGAUCCAAUCAUGUCUAAAGGAAAGGAUAUGGGCUCUGCCUUCAUUCAGACGCAGCAGCUACACGCUGCUAUGGCCGACACCUUCCUGGAGCACAUGUGUCUUCUGGACAUUGACUCCGAGCCAGCUGUGGCUCGCAACACCGGAAUCAUCUGCACCAUCGGACCCGCCUCCCGAUCAGUGAACAUGGCCAAGGAGAUGAUCAAAUCUGGGAUGAACAUUGCAAGAAUGAACUUCUCUCACGGAACUCAUGAGUACCAUGCUGAGACCAUCAAGAAUGUCCGUGAAGCCACCGAGAGCUUCGGACCCGGCACCAUCGAGUACAGACCAGUGGCCAUCGCUCUGGACACCAAGGGACCCGAAAUCAGGACUGGACUCAUCAAGGGCAGUGGCGAAGCUGAGGUUGAGCUGAAGAAGGGAGCUCACAUCAAGCUGACCCUGGACGACAAGUACAAGGACAACUGUGACGAGAAGCACCUGUGGCUGGACUACAAGAACAUCACCAAGAUCCUGAAGGUCGGAGGUCACGUCUACAUCGACGACGGCCUCAUGUCCCUGAAGGUCAAGGAAGUCGGCGCCGACUUCCUGGACUGUGAGAUUGAAAAUGGUGGUACUCUGGGCUCUAAGAAGGGUGUGAACCUGCCCGGCGCUGCUGUGGACCUGCCCGCUGUCUCUGAGAAGGACAUCCAGGAUCUGCAGUUCGGUGUGGAACAGGGAGUGGACAUGGUCUUCGCCUCCUUCAUCCGUAAAGCAGCUGAUGUACACGCCGUCAGGAAGGUGCUGGGAGAGAAGGGCAAAAACAUCAAGAUCAUAUCCAAACUGGAGAACCACGAGGGCGUCCGCAGAUUCGACGAGAUCCUGGAAGCUAGCGAUGGCAUCAUGGUUGCCCGCGGUGACCUGGGUAUUGAGAUCCCCACAGAGAAGGUGUUCAUCGCCCAGAAGAUGAUGACCGGACGCUGCAACAGGAUUGGCAAGCCCAUCACCUGCGCCACACAGAUGCUGGAGAGCAUGAUCAAGAAGCCCCGCCCUACUCGUGCUGAGGGUUCCGACGUCGCCAACGCCGUUCUGGACGGUAACGACUGCAUCAUGCUGAGUGGUGAGACCGCCAAGGGAGACUACCCACUGGAGGCUGUCCGCACACAGCACAAGAUUGCUCGUGAGGCAGAGGCCGCCAUGUACCACAGGCAGAUGUUUGAGGAAAUCCGUCGUACCUCCCACCUGACCCGUGACCCCACUGAGUCCGUUGCCAUUGGCGCCGUCGAGGCUUCCUUCAAGUGCUGUGCCAGUGCCAUCAUCGUGCUCACCAAGACUGGCAGGUCCGCCCAUCUGCUGUCCAGGUACAGGCCCCGUGCCCCCAUCAUCGCUGUGACCCGCUGUGGCCAGACCGCCCGUCAGGCCCAUCUGUACCGCGGUAUCUACCCCGUGCUGUACACCAAGCCUGCCAACGAUGUCUGGGCCGAGGAUGUCGACCUCCGCGUCAACUUCGCCUUGGAGAUGGGUAAACACCGUCACUUCUUCAAGUCUGGAGAUGUCAUCAUUGUUGUGACCGGAUGGCGUCCAGGCCCUGGUUACACCAACACCAUGCGUGUUGUGCUUGUUCCUUGAACAAACUCCAAAGGACAUUACUCCUUCCCCUUCACCCCUCUCCUUCACCCCUCUCCUGUUCCUAUAACCCACCCCACCCACCACCAGAAGACAUCUAUUUGUCCUCUACGAUUCUCUAGACUCCACCUGUAACCAAGACAACAAGGUAAAGAACGGACCGGAACAGCAACACCAGGCCACUUCAUCAAAGGACUUUUUGGGUGGUGCCAUUCAUACACAGACAGUCACUUAACAACACUCCUUAAUUCCUAUGUUGUUAUUAUUAUUAUUAUUAUUAUUAUUACAUAGGUGUUUCACCUACUAUGUCCAAGUCAUCCUUCAACAGGUUACACACCCUACUGAAAACACACACACCUGUCCUGACUGAGUUUUCACGGUGAACAAUAUCAAGUGUAUGUUAUUUUUCUAAAUGUACAUUGUACUGUAGUCACACAUCUGCGUGUCAGAGCCACUUGUUGCUUUGUGGUCCAGAACGUUGACGUGGAUUAUGACUAUAACGAGGAUCCUGCUCUCUGUGGGGUCUCCUCCUCACCUGGUAGACAGGUAAGACUCCACUGACGUGUUAAAGGUAACAUCAUGUUGUUGCUGAGGGCUAUGGGGAUCUGGGUUUCCAUCCAUCCAUCCAUUAAAAAGAUGAACACCU